GUGACAAUGAUAUUUGCUCGAUACAUUUUUAUUUGACUCACUCUUAUAUCCAGGCCCUUGCAAUCAAGUUAUACUCCGUCGUCCCAGUGUCGAUGGCCGACGAGAGGACAGUCUCAACAAUUACGUGGCUUAACAGUCCCACUCGGAGCAGACAAGACAUCUCAACAUUAAAAGAACAUAUACAGAUUCGUCAGUGGCACCGCUGGAAAGCUGAUCCAGUAGCACCGACGGUCGCUCCUUCUGUCAAAUGGCGAGAUAUGUAUGCAACCAUCCAUGGUAAACCUGAGACACCGCCUGUCGUCCCGCCGCCUGCUCGACCACCUACCAUGACCACGGACAUCAUUUCGAGCUUGACCGACGAACAUCAAGGCAGAUGUUCAGACUCGGAUGAUGAAGAUGGGGAUUGGCUUGAUAAUGGUGAUAUUGCGGACCAUGUGGGUUUAGCUGGCGUGAAAAGCACUGAGUUCGACGUGGGUAAAGAUAUUAACAUAUCAUCCACGUACCUCCUCGAUAUUUUGUCGGACCACGCUCUACAGCCCACGGCUGCUUGCGAAGGUCUGUCGACACCAAAGGUGAUGGCUGCCACAACUUCAUCCUCGACACCGAUGGAUGACGACGAGUGGGAGGAAUGGUGAUUGGCGGCUUUGUUGUAGAUUACGGUCAAUUAGACCAAAUUCACCUGCAAAUUAGCGCAAAUCAGCGUCAAAGAGCUAUGGGUCAAUUUGAGUGAAUUUGCUGUCAUUUACACCGGUCAAUUAGGUCUUCGCAGAGGGUCGUGCUAAUUAGCCGGUCAACCAGAGCGGGAUCCCUAAUUCCCCGAGCCCUACACAGAACCCUCUUCCACUAAAGUGGAGUCGGGGAACAAGAUCCGUGACGUACAUGUGACAGACUGACAGCACUGACAGGACACAGAGGUGGAUUUUCU